CCUCCCGGACACUCCGUUGAAAGAGGACGGAGUCUUGGUACUAGUGUAAGUUGAUCAUCGAGAGGGGUGGAGUAUGGAGCCCUGCGCAUGUCUGUACAUGCAACACUUGGACGAAGGGAGGGAUUGUACAGUUGAAUAUCAGACUCGGUUCGAGGGUUGUGAUAGAGCAGUUACAGACCGGUACGGAAUGCGAUCGGCGCUGGUCUCUCGUGUGGAGUCUUUGCAUAAGUUUACCUCAAAUCCGUAUUUUCCGCCAUCUGAUGUGCAGCGAAUAUGGAACAGUAUUCACAGUGAGUUAAAAGUCUGGGCUGGUAAAACAGCGUCUUGGGAAAACAUUGUAACAGCUCGAUAAGUCAGUCCGUGAAGUUAGAAGCACAUUAAGUUUGAACAACAGACUUGACUUUAUAGGAAGGGAAGUUUUAAAAGAAUGUUUCUAGUGCUAUUUAAAUUAUAAUUUGCUAUGAGUAGUUUUGACAGCUGUGGACGACGUAUAUAAUAACCUUUUCGAAGAAAUGACAAUGACAAACCUAAAGUUUUACUUUAGACUGUAAUUAUUGUGAACAGUUCAGUAUAUUAAUUUUAAAUAAACCUAAGGAUAUUUUAUGUAAGAAGAAUUUUUGUUCGUCACAACAAAGUCGUGUGGUUGAGCUGAAGAUAUUGAAACAGUUAAUGAAUUAAAUUUAUUACUUAUGUAUACAUUAGUUUGAGGAAAGUGUAAUUUUUUUUCUUGUUAUUACAAACAAUUUGUACCAUAAGCUUCAUAUUUUCAAAUCGAUUUAUGACCUACGAGUGGUUAUAAUAUGAAUUGUUUAUAUCUGAAUAUAAAUUGCUGCACUCAGUUUGUAUGAAGUGAAAUUUUAUAUACGAUUAUCAAGAGACUAAAUAAACAACUUAAAAUGAAUUCGAGUGCAUAGUUUAGGAGAAAGUUUAAAAAUACAUGUGAAAACAUGAUUUUGUUAUAAACGUAAAAUCUAAAAUGUGUUUGUUUGGAAAAAACCUCUGGAAGGGACGAUAGAGGAAAAUAAAUUUCGUAUUUUACUCUUUUUAUUCAAGAGGAAUACGUGAUAUAUUCAGUUUUGCUUUUAUGUCAUUCUUGUAACACUUCAUAAAGAAUUUUGCGUCAACAAAUGAAGACAAAGUUGAAGAAUUCUUGGUUAGUUUCAGCUAAAAGAAUCUUUAUUUUAUAUAUGAAGUCUGUAAAACAGAACUGAAGUCGAGAUCGAAUAAUCUAUGUGUGUAUACGCCAUCAGAAACAUAUUGUUAAGACAUCGAAUGGUUUAUCUUCAUAGUUUUAAGAAAGCAACUCAAGAUAUUAUAAUUUAAAUGACGAUUAAUUAGGCUGUGUCUACUCGUUUUAGUUUACAUCCAGUUUUAGUGAAAGGAGGACACACGUGGGAAGAAGAUGAAAUUAUUAUGAAGUGAUAUUAAAACCUCGGCAUCAGAUCUACACAAAAUCCACAUUUAGCUACAAAUUUUAAGUAUUUCACGCUCACAAUAAAUUUGAUAUUAAACAAAGUUUUGGACGAUAUUUUUAGGAAAUAAAAAUCAGAGAUUAAACAGUGUUGAAAGAGGCAAAUAAUAUGACGUCUCCGAAUGUAGUAACAUGUACAAAUGUAAAUUGUGGCUUCAAGCGAAAAUGAAGUAAUCGUAAUCUAUUUUAUGAAAGGUAAUAAACUGAAACAGUUGAGUGACAGUGUUUAUUAAACGAACGAAUAUCGGAGAACACAUUGUCAAAAUUCAAGGAACAAAUGGUGGUAGAAUUUUUAAUGUAAAUUACGUUAGUCAAAACUAAGUUUUGACAGCAGGGAAGUGGAGAUUUCGAUUCAGAAAUUGGACAGACGGACAACCAGUAUGAAGGGUCACAAACAACACAACAAUAAUAACAUCAACAGUGCAGGGAACGUGAAGGAGGCGGAGCGCAGACUCGGCGCCAUCCUGACGACUGCGCAGAAGCUGUCCGUCUCUCCCGAUGACCUGUCCCGACUCUUGGCCGUCAAGAAGUUGACCCAGGGCACGGCGCGCUGCAGAAAUUGCUCGCGACAGGUGCUGCCUCUGCUGGCCGGAUUGUUGACUGUACUCAUGGUCCUGGUCAUGUACUCGGUCGAGGAGCAGGGACUGGGCUGCCUCAAGAACACUUCGGAAUCAUCCGUGACAACGUGUACCGAAGGUCCAUCUGCCAAACAGCACCCAGCUUCUGCGACAGGUCAGCGCAAUCAGGAUAAUGCAGAACAUAGCCACCAGAACGAUCCUGUGACCUCCUCACCCACUGAACGCUGGGUGACCUCUACAGGUCAACUGCUUAGAAGACAACGGUAACCAUGCCAACAGACAGCAUCUGCAACGAAGGGCGCUGAGACCCACGAAGAAUGAUACGUCGUCCAGUUUCAGAAAUAGCGUCUUGUUUCGAAGAGGGAUUUCAUAAACUUCAAGAUAGAUUUCGAUUCUUGUUUUAAGGCUCUGAAUUAAUAUGUAAAAUAUUUCCAAAAUUAUGUAUGUUUAAUAAUACAACUGACUGUGUUAUUUUAAGUUCUUGGGACUCGAAUGUUGCAUUAAACUUUGUUGAUGCGAUCUUGUGGAUAAAAAGACAACUAGUGUGUUAAGCAAUAACCUACAGAGCAUAGAUACUGAGGCAUAAUUAGAAUAUGUAGUACUUCCAACAUAUUUCCCCACACCAUAAAAUUCAUAAAUCGCCCUCGUGCUCGCCACUGGACCCAGGGUUCGCGGGUUCAAAUCCGGCACUAGGUCGAUGGAUUUUUAAAAGUGAUAAAAUUCCGUAGCCCAAGUUUCUUCAGAGGGGAAGUACAGCCGACGGUGCCAUGUCGUAGAUUUACGUCAAAAUUCAGCUUACAUUUCUCACCCAAUUCUCUCCUGAUUCGCUACUAGAUGGCUCUAGGAGACAAAAUCAUGAUUUAGUAGAAAUUGUGCAGAGGCAGUGGGCUGACCACUCACUACUCACAAAUGCACACUUGACAGGCUAGGAAACCUCCGAACAGGAGGCGGCGAGGACUCACAAAUGGAUUCUAGAGCCAAGUAAAAGAAUAAUGAAAUGCAAAAUGUGAUCUCAACAUUUCUUUGGAUAAUUUAUCGAAAUAUAAAUAAAAAAAAAUAAAAAUAUCUCGGAAUUGGCACAAGACUCAUAGUUAUCGUCCAGUUUUAAAAUAAAAAAAUAAUAUGCUGUUUCGAUAUUACGAGGACUUCUACGCACAUCAGGAUAGAUUUUAAAUCUAAAAAAUGUAGUAAGGCAUUCAUUGCUUUUCUCGCAGUAGACGCAACGGGAACGUCACGUGACUAAUAUAAAGUGUGUAACACAGGAAGUGGAAAAAUGUAACUUACUAAUUGGAUGAGUACCUGCUUAUUUCGAAAAGUGACAUAGUUCCCGGUUUUCGAUUCCAGAGACGCAUUAAUGACGUCAGACGAGUUAAUUGAUUAGAUAUAACAUCGAAAAAAUAUAUUUUAUGUCAAUGAGAUAUAGGUUAAAAAUCAAUUUUAUUUCGCCUAAUAUCGCAAUAUGGUUCAAUAACCCUUCAAUUAACAGCAGAACGAUCCAGUCAGCCUGUUAACACGCUCUUAAUAUUCCACAUUUCAAAUUGAGGUUAAUUUUUUCUUGUGAUUAUAAUCGUAGAAAUUUCGUAACAUCAACAGUAAAUUUCAUAUCGGUAUUUUAUAUAGUUUCGUAUAGUAAGUUAAUCUAAUCUGUACACAUUUGACUCUUCUUAAACCCUUCGAUUUUCGUAUUGAAAUGUUUUUUUUUUAAUUACGUAAUUUAAGGUUUCAUAAAACAAAUGGAAACACCUAGUUUAUAUAUAUUAUUUAGUCAUCUUCCUUACUGGAAUUAUAUAUCCAUAUAUGUGUGGAAAAGUUAAUUAACCGAGGAAUAUAUAAUUUUUAUUUUCUCACAAGCAGGAGGUGACUUUUUAUGUUAGCGAUACAAGUUUGGAUUCCUAGUUUAAUUUAUAAAUAGUGUUGAAGUUCCAGACUUAGGAAGUCUAAUUUAGUUUACACAUAAAAACGUUUAUAGUAUUUCCAUUGCUGUUCAGUGUUAAAAUACGUCAGAUGCAAACAUAUCGGUCUGAUUAACUUAACAUGUACUUGGUUUCUAUCGGAUCCAGAAAUCUACGACAUGUUAAAUUUUAAUUAAUAACUCAAGUUGUUUUAUAAAUGCAUGUUAAAAUGUUAUUCAGGGCCUUAAAAUAGUGAUAAGAAUAUGAAGAAAUUAACUACCAGUAAGUGAGUUUAUUCGCACUGUUAAUAAGUAAGCUAACCUGAAGAAGUUUUGUAAUGCGUUUGAUUCUAGUUGUGAGACGAGUGGUGUAUUGAAGUAACAUUUGAAGUGGUACUUACAGUGACUUAACGAAUGUUUCACCAUUUCUUAUAUGACAAGAAGAAGAUUGGCGAUGAAAUUGUGAGUUUGGUUUUCGGUUCAACGGGGACCAAUACUGUAGACGUUAGUCGGUAUAAAAUGAAACUACUUACUUAUGUCACAGUAGUACUAAUCAUGAUUAAACGUAUCACAUCUUA